AUGGACAUCUGCGACCCCUUGGAUGCGGGUCCGGGCUGGAAGUUAUAUACUGUGGAAUUUUACAAGGAAGUUUUGGAGAAAUUCCUUAACAAAGGAGGUAUUUUGGUCACUCAGAGCACUGGAGUGGACCUUUCUUAUCCUGGCAACCCGGAAGUAACUGAUCCUUAUCUCACUAUUCGUAACACAUUCAAGGCUGUUUUCGGGGAAGAUAUGGUGCGUUCCUAUUUCGCUGAUAUUCCUUCUUUCUUCUACCCCUGGGGCUUCACAGUGGGUUCUGAAAGUGCCGAGGCUCUCGCCAGUUAUGAUCGCAAUGCUGAGGAAAUCACUGCUGAGCUCAAGAAACGCAUUGGAGAGGCGAAGUUCAAUGCACUCAGACACUAUGAUGGCAUCACGCACAAACACAUGAUGGCCUUGCCUAAAGCG